AGAAAGGAGAGAGGGAGAGAGAGAGAGUAGGGAAGCCCUUUGCCUCUCCUCUCAGCUCACAACUCAAGGAACAAAAAUAGAAGCAAAAAAGAAUCAAAGAUAUUUUCUCUUUUUCUGUGUCUGUCAACACAUACACGCACACAUAUUUGCUGCUCUCUCUUCUACAAUUCUCAUCUCUUUUUUGCUUUUAAUCUUUUAAAAAUCCCAUCUUUAUUUUUGUAUGGUGAUGGAUGUUUUUGAUAUGGUUUCUUUCAUCACUGAGCUUCGCAAAGGGUUCGGCUAACACAAUCUUGACACUCCAGCUAAAUUUAUUUCAUUGAAGGUUUUUCUUUGUAUGUGGACACCAAUUCGCUGACCCAUUUCAAAACCCAGAAAGGAAAAGAAAAAGAGAAAAAAAAUGAACUUGUCGGGAAAUGGAGGUGACAAGAAGCUUAUUGCUGCAAAAGCAACUUUGAAUCCAAAUGCAGCAGAAUUUGUUCCAUUCGCUCUCAGGUCACCUGCUGCAGGCAUUAGCAGUUCAGGUGCACCCUCUAAAUUUGCUACUUCUGCAGCUUCCAUCCCAGGGAAAGCUAUAUUAGAUAGAUCAGAAUCAUCCAUUUCAAAUAACUCUGAUGAUGAGGCCAAGCAGUACUGGCACCAUCAACUUCCAGAUGACAUUACUCCCGACUUUAAGGUCAUGGGCAUAAAUGAUACUCAAGGGAUCAACAAGUUACCCUUUUCAAGUUUAUCCUUGACUGAUGUUGAUGACGGGUCGAGAUACACUUAUUCAGAAGGCAGUAGCUUUAUCUUGAAAGAGCAGCAGGGUUUAUCACUUCAUCCUGUUAAUGGUAGCAGUUUUACUGAGAAGCUGAUAUAUCCUGUCUCAUCUUAUGGAGAAUAUCCAUCACCUACAGGUUUACAGCCUUCUCUUUCUAAACCUUGGGACAAACACAUUCUCACCAAUGAUCAGCUUCUAGCACGAGAAGAACAUCCUUAUAAUGGAAACUCAAGGCAUGGUUUCCUAGCUGACAUGUCAAACGAACAUUUAUUGGAGAAUGCAGAUCUGAGCCCUCUUGAGUUUUUAGCUUCACAAUUUCCUGGUUUUGCAGCCGAAAGUCUUUCUGAAGUGUACUUUGCCAAUGGAGGUGACUUAAACCUAACAAUUGAGAUGCUUACUCAGCUUGAGCUGCAGGUUGAUGGAGGCUUGAAUCAGACUCUUAAUUCAGAGGCCCUUUCUACUCCAAAUCUUAGUGCCUUGGAUCUUCCUGCUCUCACUGAGACAGAUGGUCAAAAUGAUUUGGUUAAGUUUGCUGGUGCUGAUCUUCAUCAAAAUGUUGGUGCAUAUAGGUCUUCUGGAAAGGAAAGUACACUACUAUUCAGAUCUAGUUCGUCCUUUCCAUCAAGAGGUGCUACAGAUUUUGCUUCAGCCGUAAAAAAAUUGGCAUCUCAAGAUUCUAGCAUAUGGAAGUUUGACAGAAAUGGUUCUUCAGACACAAGCAUUGGAUCAAGUAGAAAUUCACAGGUCCUUGGAAGCUUAUAUAAUAACAGCCAGGCCAGGGGCAUUUAUGGUGAUAGAUUGCAAAAUCGGGGAUCAGCUCAUUCAUCUCCUGUCUGGCUUGAAACUGGAGAAGCAAUUGCAAAUAUGUAUUCUGAAAUGCGGGAAGAAGCUCGUGAUCAUGCACUUGUACGUAAUGCAUACGUUGAGCAGGCACGACAGGCAUACCUCAUUGGCAACAAGGCCCUCGCCAAGGAGUUGAGCAUUAAAGGACAGCUCCAUAAUAUGCAGAUGAAAGCAGCCCAUGGGAAAGCUCAAGAGUCAAUUUAUCGUCAGAGGAACCCGGACAUGCUGGCCAACGGGAGAGAGCGGAUGAUCGACCUGCAUGGUCUACAUGUCAGCGAGGCUAUUCAUGUGCUCAAGCGUGAACUCACGGUUCUGAAGAGUACCGCCAGGUCUGCAGACCAACGCUUGCUCCUCUACAUAUGUGUUGGGACAGGGCACCACACGAGGGGUUCACGCACUCCUGCAAGACUUCCCACUGCUGUUCAGCGAUACCUCCUGGAGGAAGAGGGUCUCGACUACUCUGAGCCACAACCAGGGCUCCUUCGAGUUGUCAUAUACUGAAUUAGGAAGGUAUAGGAGAUUUUUGGCACACUGUAUUUCUCAGGAAUCAAUCAAUCCAUGUCAAAAAAUGAAAAAGAAAAAAUUGUUGUAUCUGUAAAUGGGAGAAAAUGGUAGGAAAAAUCUGCAAAAUUG